AUGUCGAACCAGCAAGUGGGUGCGGUAUUCGAGAAGGUCAUCAAGGACGUCUGCGAGAACUCCCAGGUCGACUUUGAGGAGAGCGGUGUUGAUCAGAAAACACUGCUUGAUCUGCGCGAGACCUGGCAGAGUAAGCUCUCAUCGGUCAACGUUGCUCAGUUCCCCUGGGAUCCCCCAGUCCAGCCCAUCCCCCAAGCUCCUCUACCUCCCCAGGCCACCGUCCCGUCCAACGCACCCCGCCCACCACCUCAGCCUCAAUAUGUCCCUCCUCCAGUAUCUAUGCCACAGCAAAUCCCUGUGCAAGCCCCCGCCCCGGUGGCACCCGUUGCGCCAGCACCCAUGACUGCCCCGAGAAUCAAGACAGAGCCUGGCACUAAUGGCCCAACCCAAAUGCCCCCAAUGCAUCACAAUAUGCCUGCGAGCACGCCGAACCCGCAAAUGGCUCGCGACCGCGCUGCAGCUCAAUUGACGCAAAGAUUUGGCGCCUCUGCUGCCACAUCAGUCAGUCAGCUCCAGUCUGCCGGACAGCAGCCCUACUCGCAGAUGCACCACCCUUCCAAUGGCACGAUGCCCCAAAUCAAGCAGGAGCCCAGCCAUUCCUCCAUCGGACCUAGCCAGACGGAUGGUGCUGGUGACGCACUCGCCGACUGGAAGGCCGAGGUUGCCCGUCGCAGAGAAGCCGCUCAGAAUGGUCAAGGCGAUCAUCUUCUGCGCGAGUAUUUGAAGCAUCAGAUGAGCGGGCUGGAAGGCGGUGGUUUGCUCCGUCCUCUGUCUGAGCAGGAGUCAUCUAUCACGAAGGCCCGUCGCUCAGCUCUCGUUGCUCCUCUAGUCCGGGCCAACGCUUCCCAGUCGAACUCGCCCUUCCCCAAAACGCAUGGCCAGUAUGAUGGCGUGGACGACGACAUCAAGGAAGAAGCAGACGAGGAUGCGAUUAACUCGGACUUGGACGACCCUGACGAUCUGAUCGAUCACGAGGCAGAGGCCGAUGAGGCCGAUGGCCAGGUGAUGCUUUGCACCUACGAUAAGGUCCAACGGGUCAAGAACAAGUGGAAGUGCACCUUGAAGGACGGCAUCUUGACCACAGGUGGCAAGGAAUAUGUCUUCCACAAGGGACAGGGUGAAUUCGAGUGGUAA